UGUCAGAUUCAUCGGUUUUUGGCGCGUUCGUAAAUUCAUCGGUUAUUCUGCGAUCUUGCACACUCAGACGAGAGUGCUCUGAAAUCGGAGUAGAUAGCCAUAGUGAAUUUUCGAACGCACCCUCUAAUCAGGCACAAUUGAGCCAGCCAACCUGUAUCGUCAUUUCGGUGUACUUCUUCCGAGUGACCAACGAGGAGAAGUCCGUGAUUCAACCUUUUUCGUGUAUGUUAUUUUUGUUUAGUUAGCCAAGUAAAAUGUACUACAAGUUAAAUGCAGUUACACAAAGACUUAUCCAAUCGGCACCGAGUGCUUACAACCCUCAGGGAUUGAGGAUAACAGUGCCCCCCACGGAGUCUCCCCCAAUGAUCUUUGCCACACCCACCAAAUAUGUGUCAGAGGCAGGGAACAUGGUGGAGUACCUGGGACACAACAAAGUCCCUGACCUACAGAAACUCUUCUAGAAGUCUGAUGGUAUCCCGGUGCACCUGAAGGGAGGCCUGAUGGACAAGAUGCUGUACAGGACUACCAUGGCCCUGACCAUUGGUGGGACCCUCUACUGCCUGAUGGCUCUCUACAUCGCUGCCCAGCCUCGGAAGUGAUCAGCUUCCUCCUCUUCAAGGGUCCAGCAGGAUUUUAUAUGAUUCAGAUUAGGAGCAAUAAUGUGGAUAAUGAUUAUGCUCACUGUCAGUCAAGGAAAGGGAUUGCUUUACCCCUCCAAGGUAUAUAUUAUUGUGGACUUCAGGAAACAGCAGAGGGAACACCCCCCUAUCCACAUCGAUGGAACAGUAGUGGAGAGGGUAGCAAGUUUUAAGUUCCUCGGCA